CACGCUGCUGCUGCUCGUCUGACUGACCUGAAAACACGAUUGAAGAUGUCCACAGCAGCGUCCAGUCGGCCUCAUGGAGCAGAGGCAGAGAAUCCUCGAGGUCAGAGUGGGGGAAUACCUCAGGGUGCCCACGUCCCAGGACAGGACCCGGGAUUGGCCCAUCCACAGCUCAUGUCCCGCCCACUGUUCUACGUCCACGCCCCCCCUCCCCCCUUCAUGCACUACCAGUGGCCCAUGCCCUUCUACAACCCGUUUAACCCUUUCUCCGGCAUGGGUUAUGGUAUGAUUAUGCCCCCCUUCCCCCCUGCACCCUACAUGGACCCUCCCACCUACUUCGUCCCCCACGCUCCAGUGCAGCCCACGGACUACAGGCGCAUGGUCCACCCACAGCCCCACCCCAACAGCGCCCCUUACCAAAACCUCAACCCGACAAGGAGACCGCGCCCGCCCCACUCUGGCCCGAUCCGCGAAACCGUCAACACCGAAGUCCAGACUGAACCGAGAGGGGGAGAGUUCCACGGAGAGAGCCCGCUUCAAAACUGCUCAGACUCGGGCAGAGAAACCGCAUUAAACUCCCCCACCUCCUCCACCUCCAGCCAGAAAAAAACAAAUGACGAUGCAGAGAAUUGUAAUGAACCGAAUAAAUGCUUGCAGCUAAAGAUUGCAUGCACCAGAGGCAGUAUUAAGCCUUGUUUACCGAUGCCAAGUCCUGAAGACGGACAGAGCGUACAAAAGAGUAAAGACAACUGUUCAGAGAGUUUACCAUCUUUGAAAAAUCGAGAUGUUAAUUUGGUGAGACAAGAAAAUAUAAAGGCAUUGGACUCACCGAGCAAAGACGUGUCUACAAAGGAGAGGAGAAUUUCAGUACCAGAUAUUCUACUGAGUUGGGGAAAAGGAAUGCCCCAAGAAGACAAGAUGGUGGACGACAACAAUGAAAAACUGCCAUGUUACGAGGAUGAAGUUGAAAAUUUCCAGAGUUCAACAGUUGUGAAUGAGGAUCAACUCGAGCCAGAGACAGUUGACAGCGAGAAGGAUGAAAACGACAAGAUUGUUGAGUUUAAAUCGCUUUAUGAACCUUUAGAGCAUUCACUAAAUAUUUCUAUUAAAUUGUGCAAUGCAGGUCAUGAUACUGUUAAUGAACCAACUCUAGAAGAACCGUCGGGAAGCGCACAAACUCCAAAAUUUAGGAGGAAACUUGACCAAUCAGUUUGGUCGGUAGAAUCACUUCCUGUUUAUGUACCCUCAAAAGAGUGGUUAGCGCAAAACAUAACGGCUGGACCUGAAGUCAUUUUGGAGUUACAGGAAGAAGCGGAAAAUGAUGUCCAAAGUGACAAAGCGGUGAAUCAAAAAAGUCGUAACUCUCUAGAGUCUGUACAGUUGUCCGAUAGCUUUGAUUUCAGCACACCGGCUAGCAAGAUGGACGCUAAGCAAGCUAGCAUUGUGAUGUCCCAGAGUUGUAAAAUGCAGAAACGUAUGACUCCACUAGACUCUCCUAUUAAACUAAAAAUGCCAGAAAUUUGCACUGAAGAAACUGAGAUGGUCGAAGCUGUCGAGUCUGCUCAAAGCCCAAAGCAGCGGUCCUUUACUGUGGGAGAAACACUGGAGAAGAGCAAAGAUUCAAAUAAAGACAAGACCAUAAUACUGGAAGCACAAAAAGUGAGUGAAGAGGAAUCUUGUCAGAAAAAUGUGGAGGUCGGGGUGGAGCAGCUGUUGGUGCCUCCUCUGGCUCACACAGCAAGGGAGCUGUUGCCAUCUAAAGUACAUCUGGUGGACUGUGGGGUGCAAUGUCCAGAGGUGCAGACGACAAACUUAGGAUUCGACUGCCAACAGUAUCCAAAUACUGCAGAUAUCCACAACACCAGCUCUCGCUCUGAGGGGGCUGUGAUGAACGGAAACUGGCAGAAAAAGAGGCACAACCAGGGCAGGAACAAGGGGCUGUAUCGACCCCACGGUCAACACGAAGUUUGCUUUGAUUUCUACAGCAAACCUGGAAAACAAAGAGGAGGAAAAGGUCGAUACUGAGCGAACAAAUGUUGUUUUAAAGAAUUUAAAUAUUUAAAUUAUAUUUUUUCAAUAAAUUGUCCUACUAGUA